GAAAAUGCGCGGUAGACCUCUGAUUGAAAAGGUUUCCUUCCAGAGUCAUUGAAGCUUUGUGAGACCUGACGAUGAAGCCAGUAAUAGUUGUGCAUGGCGGUGCAUGGGCCAUCCCUGAUGAUAUGGCUAAGGCAUCUGUGGACGGGGUGAAGUCUGCGGCUACUGCAGGCUUUCUGGCUAUGAAGAGAGGAGGCAGUGCAUUGGAUGCUGUUGAGCUGGCUGUUAGGGCCUUAGAAGAUAACCCAACAUUUGAUGCAGGUCAUGGAGCAGUACUGAAUACUAAUGGAGAAGUGGAGCUGGACUCCAUCAUUAUGGAUGGAAGGACCCUAGCUGCUGGAGCUGUGUCUUCAGUGAAGAACAUCGCCAACCCUGUGUCACUGGCACGUGCCGUGAUGGAAAAGACCGACCACAUCAUGUUGACAGACAGAGGUGCAAACAUGUUUGCUGAAAGUGUUGGCAUACCUACAGUCCCUACAGACGCCCUGGUGACAGAAUGUGAGAGAAAAGAGUGGGAGAAGGCUAAGAAGUAUGCUGUUGGAGUGAAGGAGCUCUUCAACUCUCAAUGGGGCCACGAUACUGUUGGAGCUGUUGCUAGAGACUGUUCUGGUAAUGUUGCAUGUGCAACUUCCACUGGAGGAAUAAGAAACAAAAUGGUGGCCAGAGUAGGAGAUUCUCCAAUCAUAGGGUCUGGUGGGUAUGCGGACAACCUGAGUGGUGCAGUAUCCUGUACUGGCCAUGGAGAGUCCAUCCUGAAAGUCACCCUGGCCAGACUCAUCCUCUUCCACGUAGAGCAAGGUAAAGGUGCACCUGAGGCUAUAGAGGUCUCUCUACGCUACAUGGGUGAUCGGGUACAGGGAGGAGGAGGAGCCAUAGUAGUUUCCCGGACAGGGGAGUGGGCAGCCAAGUUCACCACAGAGCGAAUGGCCUGGGCAGCAGUGGAGAGAGAGGUUCUGUGGUAUGGUUUGAACCCAAAGGAAGAGUUCAAGGAAACACUAACACAAUAACAGCUUAAUCUAUAAUUUGUUGGGGGAGGGGGGAUACAUAGAGUUUAAAUAAAGUGUUAUUGCGGAACACAGUGUCAAAUUGACAAAUGGAGCCUACUUACUGUAAUUUUGUUGGCAAGAGAAUUUAAAGGACUGGGAGAAAUCUACAGUUGAAGUCGGAAGUUUACAUACACUUAGGUUGGAGUCAUUAAAACUCGUUUUUCAACCACUCC